AUGAUGAUUGUAAUAUCUCAUCCUGUUGUAGUGCAUAUAUUAUCUUGUACCUGUAGAAAUCUCACCAACCUACUCUUACUCAAGAAUAUGCCUACAGCCAGCAAAGGAGUCUUAGUGAGGUGUGAUCCCUCCAUUCGUGCAUUGAUUUUACAGAUUGAUUCCACAAGAAGAGGAAUUGUUCUUCAAGAGCUUGAUAACAACCACUUGAUGAUAAAACAAGACAUGGUGCAAUUUGUGAAAGAUGAGUUGAAUAGGCUACUUUCCAAGAAUAUUUAUGAUCCCAUUGAUGGCAGCAAGCAACAAGCAUGA